CCUCCUGUUCUCAGCGCUUCGGGAAGCUGCAUGUGUGUGGAGCGAGUAUGCGCUGUCUCGCAAGCAUCAUGACGGCGGCUAAGAGGAAGACCGCUUUGCAAGAUUUUUGCAUGUGAUUAGGAGGUUAUCCCCAAUAGUCUGUGAAACUGGACUUGACGCAUCAUUCUUAUUCGGCCCUGCAGAAUGUCCAAAAUCAGGCGGAAGGUUACAGUGGAGAAUUCGAAGACCAUAUCGGACAGCAGCAGUAGCACGACCACCCCCUCCCGCAGGCCCAGCGUGUUUGAGAGACUCGGGCCCAGCACGGCCAGUAAUGCAGCAGAGACUCAUUGUAGAAACUGGUUAAAGACUGGGAACUGCAGUUACGGUAACACGUGUCGAUACACACAUGGAACCCCAUCACGAGGAAAAGGCUUUUCUGGAACGUUCAACAGGUCAGCCGAGAGGCCCACUGGGGAUCUCCGGGAGAGGAUGAAGAAUAAGAGACAGGAUGUAGAUGGUGACACUCAGAAAAGAGAUACAGACGAGCCCACUUCACCCACAACCAGACAGCGAGAUUCAUCCAGAGGCAGACACAGAGAGAAAGAAGAUAUUAAAAUCACAAAGGAACGCACUCCAGCUAGUGAGGAGGAGACCGCAGAUUGGGAAGCCAGUCGUGAAGAUUCCGAUAACGGUGAUUACGAUUACGAGUUAUCUCUUGAGAUGAAGAGACAGAAGAUUCAGCGUGAGCUGAUGAAGCUGGAACAAGAGAACAUGGACAAACGAGAAGAGAUUGUCAUCAAGAAAGAGGACCCUGUUCCUAAGACCAGGACCAGUAAUACUUCUAAGGACAGGGCUUCACCUGAGCGCAGCAGUUCUAAGGGGUCACCCUCGUCCCGUAAAUCCAGCUCACCCAAACAUAGAGCAGGGAAGGGUGGGAACUCCAGCAAGAAAGAGAAGAAGUCCUCCACUUCCUCAGUCAUCUCCUCUCCAGUGUCUGAUCAGACCAGGGCAGAGGAGACAGAAAGCAGGUCAUCUAAGGGUGGCCAUGGCAAAAGAAAAGGGCCACGAACGCCCAGUCCUCCUCCACCUGUCCCUGUGGAGAACCCAGUUUCUGGGAAGAAACACAAAAAUAAACACAAGAACAAAGAGAAAUGUGAGGACAAACCUAAAGAAGGCAAAGAACGAGGACGAGAUACGGAGAAACACAAAGAGAAAAAGGAAAAACGCAGGGACCGGUCAGAUAGUUCCCAUAAAGCCAAACGCUCAGUAACAUCAGAGGAACGUUCUGGAAGUCUUUCCCCACCCUCAAGGGAAGCAUCACCCCCAGCCAGAAGGAGGUCAUCCUCCCCUAAACCCACUUCCCAAAAACAGUCCUCACAGCAGAGGUCUAGAACUCCACCCCGUCACCGCCGCAGUCCCUCACCUCCCUCCCGACAGCACCACUCACCGUCUUCACGCUCUGGCUCCUCUGCCCAGAGACACUCCCCAUCUCCUCGCCACAGACGGGGUUCCAUCUCUCCUCUUUACCGAGACCUUCCUCCUCCGUCUUCAUCCUCUCCACCUCCUACUCAGUCCUCACGUCGCUCCCGCUCUCCGCUCACCCCGCAGAGAGACCCUUCACCGACACCUGCCCCUCGCAGGUCCAGCCCCAGUGCCCGUCACCGCUCCCAGGGCAGAGAGAGGGAAAGGGGGAGAGCAGAGCGAGAUAGGAGUCCCACACUGCAAGAGAGACGACAUGAACGCAGAGACGAGAGCCGUGGAAAGCGUGAGAAAGACAGCAGCCGUGAUGAGCGAGAUUACGAGAUUGAGCAAAGCUCUUCUCGAGAUGACCGUGAUGCCAGGGAUGUCCGAGACCGUCGUGGUGAACGGGAUAGACGAGAUGUCCGGGAAGAGCGCCAGCACCGUGGGGAGGUCAAAGACACUCGGGAUACCCGUGCAGGAGAAAUGCGAGACCGCUCAGGACGAGAAUCCCUGGAGCAUAGAGAGAGAGACCGGGACCGGGAAAGAGAGCGAGAGAGGGAAAGAGAGAGAGAACGAAAUGAACCCCAUAGAAAGGAGGAAACAACAGCCCAGGAGGAAAGGAAUUAUGGAAGAGGACAUGGAAGGGAGGAAUUAAGAAAUGACAGAGUGGACAACAGGAAUGAAUGUCGAGUUGAAAGAACAGGCAGAGGAAGGGGCCAUGGAUCAGAUGUCACAGAGAAAGUUUCUGCUCGUGGUGGUAGAGCUUCACAGGCUGACACUAGCAGUGCUAGUGGGCAUGAUAGCUGGGAGUCCCGCAGCAGUGGUCUGAGAGAGAGGAGCUCAGAGAGAAACACUGAUCGUGAUCGCUACGAUAAUGACAGACAGAGAGGGGAACAGCCAAGAGAUGAACGGCGGGGAGGACAUGCAGAGAGAGACCGCCGUGACAACAGAGAACGAGAACAAAGAGCGCCCUCUCCUGUCCGCCAGCAAAACCGUGGUGAGGACCUUGAUCGUGAAGAGAGGAGAGACGAUCGAAGGAAUGAUCGAGGGGAUGACAGACGAGAUGACCGCACCCGUGAGAGAGAGAAGGACAGGGAUAGAGAAAGGGAGAGGGAACGGGAAAGAGAGAAAGAGAGGGAGAGGGAGAAAGAACGGGAAAGAGAGGCUGAAAGAGAGCGUGAAAGAGCAAGGGAGAGGGAGCGGGAGAGAGAGAGGGAAAGAGAGCGAGAGAGGGAGAGGGAGGAGAGGGAAAGAGAGCGGGAAAGAGAAAGGGAGGAGCGGGAAAGGGAGCGAGAAGAACGCGAGAAAGAAAGGGAACGAGAGAGGAAGGAGAGAGAACGGGAAAGGGAGCAAAGAGAGAGGGAACGGCAGAGGGAGUGGGACGAGAGAGAAAAAGGGAGGGAAGAGAGGCGGGACCGAAGAGAUGAGUCACGAGAUGAACGAUCCACCCGAGAUGCUCAUGAAGAGAGAAAGAACACUCGUAAGAGACAUCGUCCUGAGAACACUCCCAGUCCACGGCCGUCUCCUAAAAGAGGGCGAGAUGUGAGCCCUGCAGACAGUGACGGUUACAACAGCACUGAGGAGAAAGGUGAAAAGCACAGACUGUUGAGUCAAGUGGUUCGUCCUCAAGAGCCUGCCCGCUCGCCUGUCCGCUCCUUUACUGAUGAUAAACACAACCGCUGGAAGGAUGAUGAUCGCCGUGGGGAUAAAAAAGAAGGCCGUGGCCGACACGAGGAGGUGGAUUCCCGCGGUGAGAGAGGAGCAGGAAGAGGAGCAGAGCGACGUGGAGAACACGUUCCAGACAUUUCUGCUACAGGCGUUUCUGACUCCAGAAGGGCAAAAGAGCAGAGGGACCUGCCUGCUGCUGCCCUCACUCCUCCUCCUCCUUCCAUAGAGGACAGAGACUCUUUAUCAGCUGUUCAUGAAGAGGGGAAGAAAAAGACUAAAUCUCAGAAGAAAAAUCUGAAGAAGAACCGAAAAGAGGAGGAGUCUGGAGGAGGGGACCGUAGUAACCCUGAGCCCCCCUCCUCCUCCUCUGUAGCUGAAGCCCCUCAGGCUCUCCUCUCACCUCGCAAGACAGCCAAGAAGAAAGCCUUAGAGAGGAAGCGCAAGCGCUCCAGAGGUCCCGAGUCGGAUGUUUCUGAGGACGAACUGGUCGCCCAGCAUCCCCUCAGCAAGAGGCGACGAGGCCCACGUACACCUCCGCCAAUCAACAAGGAUGACCUUCCCUCCCAGAGGGCUUUAACAGCAGGACAGAGUUCCCUCUCUGCUAAAAUAGAUCCUAACUUCAGUGACUGGUCUGAUGAGGACGUACCAGAGCGAGGCGAGACCUCCUCUGCCUCCCUGCCUUCCGAUAGGCCUCCGGAGCGGAUGCUUCCCUCUGAGCGUCCCCCUAGAAGGGGUGCACGUGGUGGCGGCCGGGACCGUACAGACCCCCCUAUAGCCCCGCUGCUCCCUGACCCUCCAAUGCUGAUACAGUCGCUUCCUUUACAACCGCUACUGCCGCAACACAUGCUGCGUAAACCACAGCAAGCAGACAUGCAGCAGCAGCGCAGCAGUAGCAUGGGCAGCAACCAAAGCCGUGCGUCUUCGAGAAGACUACGCUCACCCUCCAAUGAGUCGGCCCACCGUGAUGAAGGGCCUCAGGGACUUAGGGCCCGCAGAGGACUCAUGCAAGGUGGCAAUUCUCGGGAGAGGGAGAGAGAGCGAGAGAGGGAACGGGACAGAGAGCGGGAACGAGAGAGGGAGAGAGAUAGAGAGAGGGCAGCGGCCAGUGAACAGAUGGGCGGAGAGAGGAGGUCGAGGAUUGAUCAGCUCCGGAGAGGAGAACCAAGUCGAAGUACUUCCUCAGACCGUCAGGACUCCCGGAGUCACAGUUCUCGUCGUAGUUCACCAGAGUCUGAGCGUCAGGCUCGCUCCAGAGCCGGCUCCUACGACAGCCGUGAGCGUGACCGAGAGCGUGAACGAGAUCGCGAUCAGUUGGAUAGAGAGCGUGAGAAAAAGGAUCACCGUCAGUUGCAAAAUCAACAAACCCAACAGCGAGACUGGGACCCAGAACCUCGUGAGUGGGGUGGGCGGGGCAGAGAGCCCCUCCUCCGUGGGAACCGUGAGCCAAUUAGAGAGAGAGACUUGCGGGAGAUGCGUGAAAGGGAACGACUCUUACCUGAAGGGUUGCUGGCACAUGAGCGAAUGGAUCGUGAGCGUGGUGAAAGGGACCGUGAGCGUGAACGGGAAAGGAUGCUUCCGUUUGAUCUUCAGGCUCACAGGGAACCGAAGAGCAAAUCUGAAACUAAGAUGGAAAGGGGAGAGUAUGAACCUCUGUUACCCAGAGAAGCCCUCAUGGAUGUAGAUAAGCCAGCAGACAACACACACCUGCAAGGGGAAGCAUCUGAACCGAAAAUGGAUAGUCUUGAUGAAGAGGAGGAUGGAAAAGGGGAUGAUGCACAGUCUGCUGUCUCUGGUGGUGAGGAGUAUGAGCCAAUCAGUGAUGAUGAACUGGACGAGAUUCUGGCUGACAGUCAAAAGAGAGACGAACAGCAAGAUGAUGAAAAGAUUUCUGGGCCUCUAGAUGUGAUUGAUGUAGAUUGGUCCAGUUUGAUGCCCAAGCAGAAACAGGAGCCCAGAGCUUCUGGGGCAGCACUGCUCCGAUUCACUCCAGGGGCCGUGUUGCUCAGAGCAGGAGUGUCCAGACGCUUAGCUGGGCCUCAGUUCCUUGCCAGAGUUAAAGAAGUGUGUUCCAGAGAGUUGGAAGACCCUAAAGAUGCUGAUAAACUCUUAGAGCAUGAUCUGGGUGCUCUGAACAUGGCUGCAUAUAACAGAAGAAUGGAGAGGGCCAACCUACUGAGGAGCUUGGGCCCUUGUUGCAAGGCACUGUGUGCUCGCAGAGACAUUGCCAUACGUAGACAGCUCCUGAAAAAUGACAAGGGCACAACCAAACAGAUCUACACCAGCGCGCCAGUGGUGGACAAUGAACUUGUGCAACUGAGUUUACGUCUCUUUAAAAAGAAAAUGGCUUCCAGCCUGUCCAGUGGACAGGAAAAAACUGAUUCAGCCUCUGCCGCCCAGCAGCUCAGCACACCGACGGAGCUGUGCGUCUCCUGAUUGUGCUCAGUGAGUACAGUCUAAAAGUACUGAUCUCAGAUCACCGUCAACCCAUUAUUUUCACACACUGAAACUGUUUAAGUCAGUGCUGAUGGAGAAUUGCUGCCCUAAACCUCAAAAGAACCACAGAACCAUAGAGACUGGACAUGCUAGCCUGUGGAGAUGCUGUAUAAGGUUUCACAACCCUUGAACUUUGAAUCAGAAGUGUGAUAACCAUGUACUGCAUAAGAACUUUGUCAUUUACAUUUGUUUUAGAGAAGAUUUUUGUAACGUCAAAUGUGUGAACAACGGUUGCUGAAUGUUUGUGGGAUAUACAAUGGGUACUCAAGAUGUACAUUAAAAUUACUGUAUUUGUUAUGUGCAACUAACUUCUGUUCCCACUGUUUUUCAGUCUCAGCACACUUGUUCUGUGAUUCCUUGUUUUAUUAAAACAUGAUUCAAAAAGAAAA